AUGGGAGGACAGGGAAGCAAGCCGAGCUCGCCGCGGGCCGGGAGCCCGAAGGCUGCCCCGCCGCCGCGGGAACCCGUCGCCUCCGAUCCCGUCCCCGUCGCGCCCCCGACGCCCGGCACGUCCCCCGCGCCCGAGCAGGAACCCGCACCCCCCGAGGCGCGGGCGGUGCGCGCCGUCGAUCCGCGGUGGGCGAAGGUCUCGGCACGGUUCGCCGAGAUUUCCGAUCGGCUCGACGCGAUCGAGAGGCGCGUGCCCGCCCCCGCGGGUCCCGGCGCGCCCAUCCCCGCGGGCGCUCCCGAGACCUCCCGCCGCGACGAUACCUGCGACGCCGCGCGUCGCAUCCUCGCGGACCUCGUGGAUUCGCGCGGCGCGCCGCCGGGAUGCGCUCGCUUCGUGCGGGUGCCGGCCAACUACUACGACGAGCCGCUCGAGUUUCGUCGGCGAUGCGUGGGCGGCGCCACCGUGGACCACAUGUGCAAGACGAUCGUGAUGGAGAACACGCGAUGCGUCAACGACGACUGCGCGGACGCGUUCAACUCCCGGUGGUACCUCGUCGUGGUCCAGUACACCGCCAAGCUGAACCAGCAAAAGCUGGAGAAGUUUCUGCACGAGCUCAACAACGUCGACGGGAGAAGGUGCGGCAAGAAGAACUUCAACAUGAGGCUCGCCAAGGAGGAGGACAGCGAGCGGCUGACGGGGUACGUCAAGGGCGCGGUGUGCCCGUUCGGAUGCGCGGAGAAGCGGAUGCCAGUCAUACUCAGCGACAAGAUCGUCGCGCUCGAGCCCCAAACGUUUUGGCUCGGCGCGGGUGAGAUUGACUUGAAGGUUGGGAUGAGCGCGGCGGACUUUGUGGCGCGCGCCGAGCCGCACGUGACGGACAUCACGUACUGA